AUGGCCGGCGACGGGACCGACGCCGCCUUCGAGGACGAGGUGGAGCCGACGGUCACCAUCAGCGAGUACAUGGAAGGCAUCGAGGCCGAGGAGCUGGAGGCGGAUUUGGUGCUGGGCGGGGACGACGGCAACGAGUGCACCUACGACGCUGGCUACCUCAAGCGCCAGGCCGUCUUCUCCUGCCUCACCUGCGUGCCCGACGGCGUCGCCGGGGUCUGCACCGCCUGCUGCCUCGCCUGCCACGACGGCCACGAGGUUGUUGAACUUUGGACGAAGCGAAAUUUUCGUUGUGACUGUGGCAACUCAAAGUUUGGAGGUCACCUCUGCAAACUUAGUCCUGAGAAAGAUCCUGAAAAUCCAGCAAAUUCUUAUAAUCAGAACUUCAAGGGUUCCUACUGCACAUGCAGUAGGCCCUAUCCUGAUCCAGAAGCCAAGGAGCAAGUUGAAAUGAUACAGUGCUGUAUUUGUGAGGACUGGUUUCAUGAGGAUCAUAUUGGGCUUGACUCUAUGGAGAAGAUACCAAAGGAUGAGGAAGGGGAGCCACUGUAUGAAGAAUUCAUAUGUCAUCAAUGCUCGCCUGUUUGUUAUUUCUUGAAACUCUAUCCUGAUACGAUCUGGGCUUCUAGUAAGCAGAGUUCUGUGUCAGAAGCUGUUACUGCCAAUUCAAAUGGUAUGGAAGGAGGUUCAUCAGGUCAUGCUGACACUGAGAAAAAUGAAAACGGUGCUCCUGUAGACCAUCAAAGCAUUGAGAAUACCUUUGUCGAGGAGAACCGUACAAUAGACAUUGCAGCUUCAGAUAAGUCCAUUUUGGGUGACAAUUCAGGCGGCAACUGUAAGAUAGGAGUGGAUAUAAAUACAACAUCAGCUGAUUUGGAGAAAACUAUGCCCUUUUUCAUGUCAAAAGGCUGGAGAGAGACCCUGUGUAAAUGUGGAACAUGCACCAACUUCUAUGCACAACGAGGCAUUGCACAUCUUACUGAUAAGGAGGACUCUAUUGAGGAAUAUGAGAAGAUAGCUAAGCAGAAAAGGGAGAAGAAGUUGGAGCAGCAGGAAGGAGCUGAAGCUAACUUCAUCAAUUCACUUAACCAUGUCCAGAAGAUAGAGAUUCUGAGUGGCAUCAAUGACAUGAAAAAUGAGCUUCAAUCCUUUAUGGUAAAAUUCUCUGCUUAUUUGACUGUUGCUCACUUGUCCAUGAGUUGUUGGUUAUCUCUACAUGCACUGAUACCUGUAGCUUGUGUGCCUCCAUGCUUGUGCUAUCUAGUCAUCGAAAUUAAACAACUAUACUAA